UUUAUCUGUGAGCAUAUACAUGGCUUUAUAUUUGUUUUAAUAAAUUAUUAUUAUUUACAUAGCAGAUAUUUCGCGCCAUAAUCAUUCUUAAAAAUGUCACGACAGCGUAUAAGCUUAGAUAACUUGAAGAUUUUGAAGUCUCAACAUGUACACAUGAAAAAUCAUCUCGAAGUACUACAAAAAAUAAAUAGAAUCAUUUUCGAUGGAUCUGAGAAAUUACAGUUAAUAGUAGAUUUUGAUUUUACUUUGACGAAACAACACCAGGACGGUGCAGUAGCAUUGAGCAGUAUGAAUAUCUUUGAAAAAAGUUUGCCUCAAGCUCGUACAGAUGAACUAGAAGAGGUGAGAAAAAAAUAUCAGCCAAUCGAAGUCGAUCCAAAAAUUCCAAUUGAAGACAGAAUUACAGCAAUGAAAGAGUGGUUUGAAAUCGAACACAAACUAUUAUCAGGACUCGAGUAUAAUCAAAAAAAAAUCGAAGCAAUCACUCGCAAAUAUGGACAUUCACUUCGAGAUAGAACAAAAGAACUUUUCUCAAAAUUAAAAAUUCAUAAUAUACCUAUCUUAGUAUUUAGUGCUGGUUUGGGUGAUGUUGUUGAACUUUUAUUAAGACAGCAUGACGUUCCUUUAGAUAACGUAAAAAUUAUAUCAAAUUUUUUACAAUUUGAAGGGAACAAGUUGAUGGGAUUAAAGAAUCAUGAAAAUGUUAUUCACACAUUCAAUAAAAACGUACAUUCCAAUGAUCAUGAGUAUUUCAAGUUUGUCCAAGCUCGUAAAAAUAUCAUUUUGCUGGGUGAUAGUAUUGCUGAUACUACAAUGGCAGACGGCAUAGAGAAUAUUGAAAAUUUACUAAAAAUUGGGUUUCUUUAUAACAACAUAGAGGAAAAAUUACCAUUCUAUAUAGAAGCCUUUGAUAUCGUGUUGGUUGACGAUCAAACAAUGAAUGUGAUUCUAGACAUUCUUCAUUUUAUGUUCUAA